AUGCGGUUCGGUAAGACGCUCCGCCAGGCCACGCACGCGCCGUGGAAAGACAAGUACAUCGACUAUACCAAGCUCAAGUCCCUCCUGCGCGAGGAUCGGUCUGAAGACGACGAUGAGCCUUGGACCGAGGAGGACGAGCGUCGCUUCGGAGAUGAGCUCCUGAACAAUCAGCUCGAGAAGGUCGCCCGCUUCCAGGAGGAGACAUUCAACUCGCUGCGCGAACGUGUUGAUGCCGCACUCGAAACGCUGAAGGAUCUCGGCUCCCAGGAAGACGAGUCAUCGGCAGACACCGCCAACGACAAGGGAAAGGGCAAAGAAGAGGAUGUCAAACCCGGAGAGGACGCGUCGCUGCCCCGACCCCGAGGCGACAUCCCGGCAGAGCGACUGCGCCGGCUCGAGGCCGAGCUGGACCAGAUCACUAACGAGGUGAAGGAGCUCAAGACUUACAGCACCAUCAAUUACACGGGCUUCCUCAAGAUCGUCAAGAAGCAUGAUCGCAAGCGUGGCGAGCGCUACAAGAUCCGGCCCAUAAUGCAGGCCCGCCUAGCCCAACGACCCUUUAACUCGGAGCAGGGCUACACCCCGCUCUUGCGCAAGCUCUCACUCAUGUACUUUGCCAUCCGCCAGCACCUUGAGGAUGGCGACGCUGCCACCGCCAACCCAGCCGACGUCGGUAGCGCCUCGCAGGCCGAGACGCACAACGGCGAGAAGUACACGGCGCACAAGUUCUGGGUCCACCCCGACAACUUGCUCGAGGUUAAGACCUACAUCCUCCGCCGCCUCCCCGCCCUCGUUUACAGCCAGCAAUCGGCAAAAGAGGUCGACGGCUUCGACGACCCGCGUCUGUCGUCGCUCUAUUUUGACAACUCCAAGUUCGACCUCUUCAACAAAAAGCUGGACCAGCAUGGCCAAGCUGCAUCCCUACGCCUUCGCUGGUUCGGCCAGCUCACCUCGAGGCCUGAUAUCUUCCUCGAGCAGAAGAUGGUGGGCGCCAACGGCACCAGCGAGGAGAGGAAAUUUGUCAUUAAGGAGAAGUACAUCAAGGCAUUCUUGGACGGCGACUAUGCCAUGGAGAAGAGCGUGGAGAAGAUGGAGCGCCAAGGCCGGCCAGCUGAGGAGAUCGAGGAGUUCAAGCUGGCCGUUGGUUCGAUCCGGGAAUUCGUGGCCAAGGAAAAGCUGCAGCCACUUCUGAGAGCCAAUUAUGUGCGCACCGCGUUCCAGAAGCCCGCCGACGACCGCGUGCGCAUCUCGAUCGACACGGAGCUCGUAUUCAUCCGUGAGGACGUGCUGGACCCGCGCCAUCCCUGCCGCGACCCGGACGACUGGCACCGCCGCGAUAUUGACAAUCGCAACCUGACCUACCCAUUUCGCGACGUGAACCCGAGCGAGAUCUCUCGCUUCCCACACGCGGUGCUUGAGAUCAAGUUGCGUGAGAUGGCGGGCGGAAAGUCGAAGCCUGCCUGGGUCGAGGACUUGAUGGCAUCGCAUCUCGUGCAUCCUGUCCCCCGUUUCUCCAAGUUUGCACACGGAGUGGCCAGCCUGUUCGAUGAUUACGUCAACGCCCUGCCUUUCUGGCUGAGCGACCUCGAGGGCGACAUCCGCAAGGACCCCCAAACGGCCUUCCUGGCCGAGGAGCAGCGCCGGGCCGAACGUGCCGAGGACGAGAUGGUUGUGGGUAGUUUCUUGGGUGCCUCGGGCCGCAUGGGGUCAUUCAAGCCGGCUGUGGCUAGGAGCUCACCACUGGGCAAGUCGCUGCUGGCCGAGCGUGUUGCGGCCGAGGGGAGCAGAUCGGCAGGCAAUCUGUCUUCUUCGCUGCCUGGUGGCGUCGGGGCUCGGCGAGGGUCAGGUGCUGAGGAUGACGAUGCUACAGCCGUCGACGAGCAGCACCAGGGCCCGAGCGGCCAACAGCACAGGGGCUACGGCACGCUAUCGUCGGUUCUUCCGGCCUUCUCUACUAGUCGGCUCGCACGAGCCAAACGAGAUCGUGAGGCGGCGGCCCAGCUGCCCGAGGGUGUGGUGGAGCCGGUCGAGUGGCUCAAGAACUCGGGACCGCUCCGGAUCGAGCCCAAAGUGUGGCUAGCUAACGAGCGCACGUUCCUCAAGUGGCAGCACAUCUCGGUUCUGUUGGGCACGCUGGCUGUCGCACUCUACACGGCUGCGGCCUCGUCGGCUAAGGGGCCGUCGCGCAUCGCCGAGUGGAUGGGAGGUGCCUACCUGGCGGUGGCAGCGCUCGCUGGGGCGUGGGGCUACUACACUCUGCGCAAAAGACGGGCCAUGAUCGUCGCGCGCAGCGGUAAGGACUUUGACGACAUGGCGGGCCCCUUGGUAGUCAGCGUCGCGUUGAUGCUGGCGCUGAUUCUCAACUUUUUCUUUUCGUACCAAGCUGCCCUUGAGAGAUGGGACCGGGCCGCCAAGGCGCCCGGGACUGGUGUCAACGUUACCGCCGAGCCUGGUGAGCUUCGCAUCUGA